GGAUGUCAACAUUGCAGGAAACCAAAGUCAUCCUCGGUGAUAAAUCACUGAUUUCUGAUGUUAUUUUAUGAUUCAAGUGUUUUUAGGAGAGCUGGAGGAUGUCGUUUCCUGUGAGUCGAUCUUAUCGUGACGAGCACCAUGUGUUCAACACUCUCUGGCAGCAGUGUGAGGAGGAGGCAGAGGUUUGUGAUGUCUCAAUCAAGUUGGACGGUGGACAGACUUUUCGAGCUCAUUGGUGCGUGCUUCUGACAUGUCCAUACUUCAAGGCAUUGUAUGACAGCGGUCUGCGUGAGAAAUACACUGCCAAUCUGGACCUGAAGAUCGUCCCGUCCGAGAUCGCAAAGUUAGCCUUCCAGUUCAUGUAUGUCGGCCGCAUCACAGUGAAGGAGGAUCAGUUCAAGGACCUUAUCAAAGUCGCUGAUUAUAUUCAACUCGAUGGUUUGAAGACGCAGUGUGCUAUUCACUUGGCUGAAGUAAGCCUGACAGUCGAGAACUGCGUGACGAUGUGUAUACUGGGAGAUAUGUAUAACAUUGACGCGCUGUAUGAGCGGAGUAACGACCUUCUGCGUCUCAACUUCCAAAAGGUCAUGAAGGGGGACGACAUACUUCAGGUCACCGCCGAUUCUCUCAUCAGUUUGAUGAGUGAUGAACACUUGAAGUACAUCAAGGCAAUGGACUUCUUCAACCUCGCCAUGCGCUGGAUUGAAGUGAGUAAGGAUCGUAUCGAUGAAUUCCCGCGGUUGUUUGCUUGUCUCGAUUUGAAGGAUAUAUCCGAGGUUGGUAUUCUGGCGGUGAAGCGCUGCCGCUUUGUGAACGAGUAUGAAUCGUGUAGAAAACUGUUCAAGGAUUAUGAAAAAUUGGUGCGGGCAGGGGAGUUUGAUCCGUCAGUUACAGAGAAGGCUGUGAUUCUUGUUCCCGGCGGCCAGACCUCGGCCUAUCUAGGUUCACGGAUUUCAAAUUGCUAUGCAUACGUUAUCGAGGAUGAUAAAUGGAGUCAGUUUAUCUCCAUGCCUCGUAACUUGGUCGGCGGUGUCGCCAUCAUGAACGGCGAUGCUUACAUGUGCGGAAAAGACGGUGGCUCCCUCUAUGCGUCCAUGUAUAAACUGACACCUCACGAUGUGAAGAAUCGCUGGAAUCAGGUAUUGAAUGAGCAGCCGCGCCGAGCCACAGAUGAGGUCUAUUCAUGUGCUUUCAGUAAGGAUAAAAAGCUUGUCAGCGUACGCCGUCUUCAUGCUCAGAUAUUUCUCAUGUCCUAUGACCUAAACAGCCCGCUCCAUAUUCCGAUGCAAGACUCAUGUCAUCUUCAACGUCUGCUGGACUUGCCUAACCUGAAGGUGACCGUCUCCGCCAAAGCAAUCGCGUACUAUGAGAAAGUUUUCAUUCAGGUUAUAAUAGAACGGACUGGGGGGAAGAAAAACCAUUUCUUUGUUUACAAAACAGAUUCAAAAACGCUAACAGAUUAUUCGAAAGGAGGGCGUCUUGGGGAUGUGUUGUAUCUUGAGGGGGACAGGAUGUAUCUGGAGACGCCAGGGAAGCGACAUAGCCAUUGGUUCGACAUGAAGAAACUCGUGUGGGGAACGUGUCGACGUGGGUUACCCCCGUUUCCGAACAAGCAAAAUCUGCAGAAUUACUCGGUGGUGACGUACAACACUGAUCUAUAUGUGCUCGGUGGCUUGGUUAGUAAAUCCAACUGGCCGUCCUGUACUCUGUUCAAAUUCAAUCGGAAGGAGAAUUCUUGGAGCGAGAUGGCAGCACCGCCUGGUGGUGUUGGGCUUGUCAAGGCAGCUUGUGGGGUCAUGAGCGUUCCCAAGGAUGAAGUGCGGUGUCCGCUGCACUGCCCGCAUUGCAAGACAAAGCUGAAGGUACCGAAUUACCUAGAUGAGGAUGACGACGAUAGCGAUAGCUUCUAUGCAGAAAGUGAUAGUUGGGAUGGCUCCAUCUAUGAGUCGGACAUUGAAAUGCCUUUCCUCUUGUGGUGAUUAGAAGUGCAAAUUAAUCAACGAGGGUAGCUGCUCGGCUCCCUAAAAGCUGCUUAAAGUAGUUGAAAAGCCCUGAAUAAAAUAUGCUUCCUACUUGUAUCGAAAUGCAUGGGUUUAGAAGAUGAUGACAUUUGACUUGCUUGCCCCAGGUUUUUGACUUUCCAUGGGUUUGGCUAUAACUGCAAACCGCCGAAUUUGCGCACCUAAUUAUUUUUACGAAAAGCAAACAUUUCAGGAAAAAAAUUGUGCUUUUUUGCGAAUUACAUGCAAAGUUUUUCUAAUCAAAUUGUUGUGGUGAUUUUAAUUUUCACGAGUCGAAGUUAUUUGCCAAAUACACAAAAAUUAAAAGCUUGGAAAAUUUGGCGGGUUACAGUUUGGUGAACUCGAACUGUAUCAGAUCAUUGAGUUGUAAACUUAAGAAAAAACCUCGAUCUAUCAGCCAUGUUGCAGUAGUUUUUUGGUCGACUUUCAACUAGAAUUGUAAAGUUACGCUCAACUACAUGUGAAUAAACUCUUGCUGAUAAUAUCCAAGAUUGUGUGAAAUUUGCAGUUUGAACUUUUAUUCUUGCAAAUACACUGUCAAACGCAAACUUAAAAAGCUUGAAAAUGUCAACUGUAUUGCAUUUAUCUUAAAAAGCUUGAAAAUCAACUGUAAUUGAUUAACUUUAAAUUUUGGCAGUAGGUACUCAUUGUUUUGGUUUUGAUUUCAAGGGUGAUGAGGAUGGGAAAUGGCCUUUUCUAUAAUAUUGAAGUUUUUUGAAAAUGUGGCUAGCAUGUAUUAAUUUGAUUGAAAUAUGUAGAUCAUUAAAAACUGCCAACCAAAAUGACAUGAACUUGUAAGUGGCCAUUCAUUUAGUUUGUAAGCAAUAAGUGGGGAGGGAUUUGAGAAUUUUUGGCCGGAAUUUUGAUUUGCCGUAAAUGUUAAAACAUGUCUCUAUAAGUAUAAAGCAUAAACAGGUUUAAGGUUUUUGAUUUCAAAUGCAAUUUUAGAAAUUACUCUUCUACAAAAACAGGUUUCAUUACAUUUUGUAUAUUUCAUUAUGGGGCGUGACAUCUUAAAAAUGUUGUUGUGUGCAUAGUACUUGCACCACUGACCAAUGAUGGUUUGUGGAUGUGUGCAGGAGACUGUGUUCUACAGGGUGACCCAGAAAACUGUUCCGUUGCACAAUAUAAUUCCAUUGUGUAUCCAUUGGUUGAAGCAAAAGUUCUCUGGGCCACCCUGUACAUGGAGGUGCAUGCGCAUCUGUACAGGGGAAGGAGGUUGCAAAGAUCAUCCCUACAUGUACGUACUAAAUGAAUGGCUCCAAAUGUAAAGUGUAUAGUAAAAUUUGCGUUUAGUGUUUCUCAUACAAAUAUAUAAUAAUUUUUGAGUAAAA